AAAGGGAGGUCGUUAUUGGUCUUUACGUAGGUCUCUUCACCGCUGUCUCCUGUCGAGACUUCAGAUGAGACCGCCAAGACACAGAGUUCUGUCAGUUUGAUGAACCAAAUCUCAUGGACCCUCCACAACUUCCGACACCUCCUCAAGACCUCCAUAGCCCACAAGGAUCUCUCCACCGGCAAAGCCCUCCACGCCUUCUACUUCAAGUCCCUCGUCCCGCCUUCCACCUACCUCUCCAACCACUUCGUCCUCCUCUACUCCAAGUGCCGCCGCCUCUCCGCCGCCCGCGCCGCCUUCGACCUCACCCGUCAUCCCAAUGUCUUCUCCUUCAACGCCCUCAUCGCAGCAUAUGCUAAGGAGUCCCACAUCAACGAUGCCCACAACCUGUUCGACCAAAUUCCCGAGCCGGAUAUCGUUUCUUACAACACCCUCAUAUUCGCCUAUGCCGAUAGGGGGGACACCGGGCCCGCUCUCUCCCUCUUUGACGAGGCCAGGCGGUCAGGUCUCGGCAUCGACGGGUUCACUCUCUCCGCUGCUGUCACCGCGUCCAGUAAUAAUGUCGGGCUAAUCAGGCUGCUGCAUUGCUUUGCCAUUUGCAGUGGCCUUGAUUCUUUUGUCUCCGUGAACAACGCCCUCCUCACGUACUACGGCAAGAACCGGCUCUUGAAUGAGGCGAAGCGCGUCUUUCACGAGAUGGAUGAUGACUUUAGAGACGAGGUCUCGUGGAACUCUAUGAUUGUUGCGUAUGGGCAGCAUCGAGAAGGAAUUAAGGCGCUCAGUUUGUUCCAGGAAAUGCUGAAGAGAGAGAUGUCUGUUGACAUGUAUACUCUAGCGAGCGUGUUGACAGCAUUUACUUGUGUCGGGGAUCUUUCGGGCGGAAAGCAGUUCCACGCCAAGCUGAUCAAGAGUGGUUUCCAGAGGAACUCACAUGUCGGCAGCGGUUUGAUUGACCUUUACUCCAAAUGUGGGGGAGGGAUGUUGGAUUGCAAAAAAUUGUUUGAGGAGAUUCCAGGACCAGACUUGGUUCUCUGGAACACGAUGAUCUCAGGGUAUUCCCAAUAUGAGGAUUUUUCCGAGGAGGCUCUCAGUUGUUUCCGGGAAAUGCAACGAGCGGGGCAUGGGCCUGAUGAUUGUAGUUUCGUCUGUGUGAUCAGUGCAUCCUCCAACCUCUCGUCCCCUUCUCAGGGAAAACAGAUCCAUGCUCUAGCAAUAAAGUCAGAGAUCCCUUCCAACCAGGUCUCAGUGAAUAACUCCCUGAUCACGAUGUACUCUAAGUGCGGGAAUUUGCAUGUUGCGAGGCAGGUUUUCGAUAGGAUGCCUGAGCACAACACUGUCUCAUUAAAUUCGAUGAUUGGUGGGUAUGCACAGCAUGGGAGAGGAGAGGAUUCGUUGCUUCUCUUCCAGCAAAUGCUUGAGAGCGACCUCACCCCAACUAGUAUAACCUUCAUCUCCGUCCUCUCUGCGUGCGCCCACACGGGAAGAGUCCAUGAGGGGAAAAAGUAUUUCGAGAUGAUGAAGGAGAGAUUCAGAAUCAAGCCUGAGCCAGAGCACUACUCGUGCAUGAUCGAUCUUUUGGGUCGGGCUGGGAAGCUGGAUCAAGCUGAGAGGCUCAUCGAGAUAAUGCCCUUAAGUCCGGAUGCAGUUGGGUGGGCAACUUUACUUGGGGCCUGUAGGACCCAUGGAAAUGUAGACACGGCCUUAAAGGCGGCCCUCUGCUUCCUUGAGCUAGAACCUCUGAAUGCCACUCCCUAUGUGAUUCUCUCAAACAUCUAUGCAGCUGCUGGGAGGUGGCAAGAUAUGGCUGCAAUCCGGAGGCUCAUGAGAGACCGAGGUGUGAAGAAGAAGCCUGGAUGCAGCUGGAUCGAGGUCGACCGACGGACUCACGUGUUUGUUGCCGAGGAUGCUUCACACCCUAUGAUAAAGGAGAUCCAUGGGUACUUGGAGGAGAUGUUGGAGAAAAUUAAAUGGGCUGGGUACGUUCCGGAUGUGAGGUGGGCCCUCGUGAAGGAUGGUGGUGAUAUCGGGCAAAGGGAAAUGGAGAUGAAGUUAGGGCAUCACAGCGAGAAGCUAGCUGUGGCUUUCGGGCUGAUGUCUACUAAGGAAGGGGAGCCUAUAUUGGUUCUUAAGAACCUUAGGAUUUGUGGAGAUUGUCACAAUGCUUUCAAGUUUAUUUCAGAAAUUACCAAGAGAGAAAUUACUGUCCGGGACACACACCGGUUUCACUGCUUCAAGGAGGGACGCUGCUCCUGUGGGGAUUAUUGGUGACCGGAGCAAUGAUUGUGAUCGGGGGAAGAACUUCUAUUUUUUCGACUGAACGACACAUGAUCGACUUCAUAGUCCGAGAAUGAGGGGAACCUGAAGUUAGACUGGAUUGUUGUAGAGCAUGUCGAGGCAACAUAAAUCAGUUUGGAGAUCAUGAAGUACUGGAAUCGAGAAAGAAAGGGACCCGGAAAUGAAAGAGAAAUGCGAAUGAUAUUGGGCGAUACAAUGUAACUGCGGAUUCCACAAAUAAUCAAAUCAAUAUUAUGUGAACAAUGUUGAGAACAAAAA